AUGAGGAGCCUCAUCUUUAUAACAGCUUUGUUUCAAUGUGGCAUAAGCUGGAUCUCUGUCUCUGGUUCUGAAUUUCAGACUGUGGAGGUCCAGUCUGGUGAAGAAGUCACACUGCAGUGCUCCAACAUCUCCAGAAGUUCAACGCAUACAGAGUGGUUCAGAGUGGUCAACCGAGCUAUGUUGAGCUGCAUUGCCUCUAUGUAUGGCUCCAAUGGACAAGCUUCUUUCUGUGAUGGAUUUCAAAAUGGAAAAUUCAAUAUGACUUCCAACAACGUUGCCGUCUUUCUUCAAAUAAAGCCAGUGGAUCUGUCUGAUGCUGGCCUGUAUUUCUGUGGAUUUUUCUUGGACUAUCAUAUAAUUAUUUCCACUAGGGUACAGUUGAGAAUUCAAGGUGGUGAAACCAGUGAAGGAGAGGAUUUUAAGACUGAAGAAGAGUGCAACAGAACGACCCAACCAUUGAGCAUCAUCUUGGCUGGUCUGACUGGUUUACUCACUAUGGUGGUCAUUAUUCUGGUUUUAAAAAUCAGGAAACUUCAAACAGGUCCACAACAGCAACCAGAGCAAAGCAGUGAGAAUAUGAGUUCAGGCGAUCUGAACUAUGCAGCUCUUAGUUUCCAAAAAAAAGCCAAAAGAAGCUGUGGACCUACCACACGAGACCUGGAGCCACAUGUUAUCUAUGCUGCCACAAGAUAGACUCACAGGAUAGCCUUUGUCUGCCUGACUGCAGAGAAUUAAGAAUAAAUGAAGCAUAAAUAAAACUUGC